AUGCCGGAGCUUUGCGACAUCAGCUACUCACGCGAGGAGUGCAUCGCCGCAGUCCGUGGGUAUUACCAGUUUCUUACCACCCUGUACCUGAAAGAGAGCGAUAUCCUGGAGCCACCAGAAGGAGGCUGGCCCUCGGUUACCCCUAGUGCCAUACAACAGUUGGGCAAGACGGACGAAGUCGCGUCGCUGCUGCGGCAUCUUCCCUAUCUACGCCUACCUGGAAAUGGCGGACCCCAGGCCUUCCCGUACAGCCACUUUGCUAAUUGGGAGGAGGCUUGUACCUACAUAAAUCAGGGCAGGUCAGACCCCGAGGGCAUUAAAGUGUGCUCAGAGGACCAUGGCGCGAAUGAUGUGCCGCCUCGUGUUGUUGGCCUCACAAGUGGCGGGCGGAAUAAUUACCCUCUUCUCCUCGACACAGAGCUCGGCCGAAUCUGGGGCGACCCGUACGACUACGCACCGAUGAGUGAGGCAGAGUGGCGCGCCGAGGGUGCAUACUGGGCCAUCCCAGACUUCUUUGAGAUUCUUAAAGACCAGUUUCGCCGUCUGCUCUUCGUCCCCACUAAUACGCUCAUAGUAAGAGAUGUCUACAACCCACAUUCGGCUGGGAUUAUUGAGUUUCUACAGGGGAUUUAUCGAGAGCAUGGCUGGCCUGACCUUGAACACUAUAACAAGUUGGAAUGUCUCAAAGAUAUACGAAAGCGGCUGAUGGAGAAGUAUCCCGACCAUGUGGACUCUAACGAAGACCCGAACGAAUAG